ACCACGCGGCCGGCGGAAGUGGAGCCCUUCGCUAGGGCGCGGGACCUCCCAGGGCCCGCGAGAAAGCCGGACUAUAGGGGCGGGGUCUGGCCAGGGAUGGGCACGCGGGCGAGCAGCGGAGAGCAGCACGCGGACUCUCGAAGCAUCGGAGACACGGUGCAGCGGCGGCGGGUAAAGGAGGCGGCUCGCGGCCCGGCGGCCAGCGCAGAGAGCAUGAUGGCAAGGCAGGUGGCUCUGAGCCGGACCCAGGUGUGCGGGAUCCUGCGGGAAGAGCUGUACCAGGGCGAUGCCUUCCAUCAGGCUGAUACGCAUAUCUUUAUCAUCAUGGGUGCAUCGGGUGACCUGGCCAAGAAGAAGAUCUACCCCACCAUCUGGUGGCUGUUCCGGGAUGGCCUUUUGCCCGAAGACACCUACAUCGUGGGCUAUGCCCGCUCCCGCCUCACGGUGGCUGACAUCCGCAAGCAGAGCGAGCCCUUCUUCAAAGCUGCCCCGGAGGAGAAGCACAAACUGGAGGAGUUCUUUGCCCGCAACUCCUACGUGGCCGGCCAGUACGACGACGCAGCCUCCUAUGAGCGCCUCAACAGCCACAUGAACGCUCUCCACCAGGGGCCACAGGCCAACCGCCUGUUCUACCUGGCCUUGCCCCCCACUGUCUAUGAGGCUGUCACCAAGAACAUCCACGAAACCUGCAUGAGCCAGACAGGCUGGAAUCGCAUCAUUGUGGAGAAGCCCUUCGGGAGGGACCUGCAGAGCUCCGACCGGCUGUCCAACCACAUCGCCUCCCUGUUCCACGAGGACCAGAUCUACCGCAUCGACCACUACCUGGGCAAGGAGAUGGUCCAGAACCUUAUGGUGCUGAGGUUUGCCAACAGGAUCUUCGGCCCCAUCUGGAACCGGGACAACAUCGCCUGUGUCAUUCUCACCUUCAAAGAGCCCUUUGGCACUGAGGGUCGUGGGGGCUACUUCGAUGAAUUUGGGAUCAUCCGGUGAGAGCCUGGUUCCCCUUCCUGGGAGGUGGGGGGCGGGCAUCCCGCCGCCCUGCAGGGUCGCCUCUUCCUGUUUUGGCAGCAGGAGUGUCUGAGCAGUCAGGAGUGGUCACGGUCUUCUUCUUUGCCUUAAGGGGACCUGGCAGACA